CGGAAACCGCCCGGAAAGCGCGGGGAUCCGGGCGGCAAUUAAUUCCCGUUAAUCAAGCUGCAAGGUGUCGCCGCCGGGGGAGUGACAUCCCCCAAAACACCUCGCGGCCAAUGGGCGCGUUCACACCGGGGGGGGUGGAGAGGUGGCGGGGAGGGCGCCUGGUUCCCCGAGCCGGAGUGGCACAAGUUCAUUUUUUUCCCCCCAUUUUCCCUAUUUCCCCCCGUUCCCCCCCCGCGGAGGGCGCGGCACUCUUGCCGCUGUCCGAGGUGCUGAAGGCUCCGGAGUGACUCCGGCGCCGGGCUCUGUCCGACGUGCUGAAGGCGCCGCCGGCUCCGGAGCGACUCCCGUUCCCCUCCCGGGGCUGUCCGAGGUGUUGGCGGGGAAGGCGAGGGGGCGCCGCGGCGGCCCGACGGCUGGCCACCCCCUCCGCCCUCCCCUCGCCCUUCCCCAUUGAUUUCUGGAUCAUUAAGUGGUUAAGGCUCUGCGAAGCACCACUAUCGAUCGCUGCCUCCCCACCUCCGGCUGGGAGACCCCGGGCUGCCCCCCAGCCCCGCGCCGCCGCGGCUCCGGGCAAGGGUGGGGUGGCCGGGUAAGGGGCCGGGACCCCGGGUGAGGUUGGGGUCCGUCCGCCCACCCCACCCCCUUUGCGGCCAAAGUUUGACUCUGCCUCCCUCUCCCCCCUCUUCUGUCUGUCUGUCUGUGAGUGCAGCUGGGCGCGAUGCUGAAGACGGAGCAGCCCUGGAUCUAACGCGCGUCGCCUCGGAGAGCCUUGCAGCAAUUGUUGCCCGGAUCGCAGGCUGAACUUUGCUCUUUUAAUAUAUUUUUUUUAAUUUUACUUUUUUUUUUCUUGUUUUCUUUUGCCUUUUUUCCCCCCCUCCUGUUAUUGUUAAUUAUCAUUAUCAAACCGCUUCCGCCGCGCCCUCCCCGCCAAUGCCCGUGUGAGCGCCGGCACCUCGCGGGGGCCAUGGAGGGCUCCACCGGGUUUGGGAUCGACUCCAUCCUCUCCCACCGAGCCGGCAGUCCGGCCGUGCCCAAGGGGGACUCGCUGGUGGGCGACGGCCGGUCCCCGCUGGAGCUGAGCCCCCGCUCGGAGGGCAGCAGCGGGUGCCCCUCGCCCCGCUCGCCGGGCCGCGAGUGCCUGGAGGCGGCGGGGCCGCGGCCGGGCCUGGAUGCGCACCUCCAGCCGGGACAGGUCUCGGCUCCCUCCCAGUCCCGGACCGUCACCUCCUCCUUCCUCAUCAGAGACAUCCUGGCCGACUGCAAGCCCCUGGCUGCCUGCGCGCCUUACUCCAGCACCAAUGGACCUCAGGAGCCGGCGGGCAGGAUCCCCACCAAGCCCGGCGAGGACUUUAGGGAGAAAAUGGAAAAAAGCACCAGCAGCUCCUCCUCGGACUCGGAGUACAAAGUGAAAGAAGAAGGGGACCGAGAGAUCUCCAGCUCCCGGGACAGCCCCCCGGUGCGGCUGAAAAAGCCGCGCAAAGCCCGCACCGCCUUCACCGACCAUCAGCUGGCCCAGCUGGAGCGCAGCUUCGAGAGGCAAAAAUACCUGAGCGUGCAGGACAGGAUGGAGCUGGCCGCCUCCCUCAACCUCACCGACACGCAGGUGAAAACGUGGUACCAGAACAGAAGGACCAAGUGGAAAAGGCAGACGGCGGUGGGCCUGGAGCUGCUGGCCGAGGCUGGCAAUUAUUCAGCCCUCCAGAGGAUGUUCCCCUCGCCCUACUUCUACCCGCAGAGUUUGGUCUCCAACCUGGACCCCGGCGCCGCUCUCUACCUGUACCGCGGACCCAGCGCGCCCCCCCCAGCCCUACAGAGACCCUUGGUGCCCCGCAUCCUCAUCCACGGACUGCAGGGCGGCAGCGAGCCCCCGCCGCCCCUGCCCCCGCUGCCCGGCGUCCUGCCCCGGGCCGCGCAGCCCCGGUGAGCCCCGGCCGCCCGGGCAGCCCCACCGGCACCCCACCGGGCCGGGGUGGGGGGCUGAAGGGGGCCACCCCACCUCUGGGGCCGCGAGCAAGCGACAGACUCCCGCUCAUCCCCAAAUAUAUAUAUAUAUAUAUAAAUGAGACCUCCCCCCCUCCUUUUUUAAAAUAUAUAUAAAGAAUGCAAAAAGCAAGGGCAGGUUCGGCAGGACGGAGAGCCGGCAGAGCUGCGCCCCCCCCGCGGGGCACUCGCCGCCUUUACCCCCUUGUGCCCCCGCGGGGCAGCGGGGCCGCUGCGGUGCCCUCCCCUCCGCCGGGGACUGAGCCGGGAGCACGGGCAGGGGCCGGCUGCUGCGGGGGGGCCUUUGCCUCUCCGCCCCCUCCCCAGGAACUGCCGGGGGGGGUCCGAGCCCCCCCCCUGCCACGGGCGACUUCGGGGAGCCCCCCCUCCGCCUUCCCCCGGCUCACAGACCCCGGGGCACCGGCCCCGGCGACGGGAAGGGCCGGGGGAUGGGGGGCAGGUUGGCGGCCCCCGCCCGCCGCAGCGAGAGUUUGGGACGUCCGUAACUUAAAGAAAAAAAAAAAAAGAAAAGAAAAAGCGGCGAAAUGUAAAUACGGUGCGCAAAAUGUAUAUGAAUUAUUUAUUUGUGAACCCUGAGGGCGUAUUUGUGUAAGUGAUUCUUGUCAGUCUGUAUCCCGGGGCCGGCCCGGCCGGGGCGGGGGGCGCGGGGAGGGGGGCUCGGGGCGCCGCGGCCGCUCCCGCUCCCGUUCCCCUCCCCUUCCCCCCCCUUUUUUAAAUGUGGAAAUAAAACUUCUUUACAAACAAACGGGUCUCGCCUCCGCCGGCCCUUUCUUCCCCUCCUGCUUGUUUGCUCUGCCGGCUCAGCCGCCGCCGAGGGAAAGGGAAAAGCAAAGAGCAGUUUUCCCACCUCCCGUCGCAGG